UUAUUUUAUUGUCUCUUCUGCUCUUCAGCUCCCAGUUUAUUUUGUUUUUCUGUUAACAAUUUGUUUCUGAUUAAAUCUAAUUCCCUUUCAUUAUGUCAAUCGCCAUCUCACUGGAUUAACGUGAAUCAAUUCAGUUGUUAGGACAAGGAAAUCACUCGAAAUGUGUCAACUCAAUGCGAUUUAAGAAAAGAUUGAUUAAUGUGAUUAAAUGAUGAUCAACGGAUUUAUCUCAUUGCCCGAAUACUAUUUUUUUAACCCAACGUAAAGCUGAUUGAUUCACCUAAUGUCAAAUUCACCACCAACAGUAAUGUUAAUUGCUACUCUUCUGGUUCUUAUAUUUCCAGUCGCCUUAUCAUUUUGGAUCAUUUCUUUACUCGCCUCUGAGAGGAAUAACGGUCUACCUUCACCUCUACGAUGGUUGUUCUCAUUUCUAGUGCCUUUAUUAGUCGUCAUUCAAGCCUACCUGAGGAAACAUUUAGACUGGACUGGAGUCAUAAUUGCAUUUAUCAUUGGCUUCAUUCUUACAUUGGCUAAUUACUGUUUUAUUUUCAGUAUGUUAACAUUUUUCUUCACUUCAUACAAAGUGACCAAAUAUAAGAAUCAUUUGAAACGCGAAUUAGAAACCGAUUCAGCCGAGUUAAGAAGACGAAAUUGGCUUCAGGUUAUUUGUAACGGAGGAGUGGCCACUCAAUUCGCCAUAUUGUUCAUGUUGGAACGAGGGAUCGCCGAUGAAAAUCCAAUAAACUUCAAAUAUGAUUACUAUUCAUCUUGGUUUGCCAUGGGAGUAUUAGGAAGCAUCGCUUGUAAUAAUGGCGACACUUGGGGAUCAGAAAUGAGUUUGGCCUUAACUCGUGGGAACCCCAGACUGAUUACCAGUUUACGAAAAGUUCCAAGAGGGACGAACGGAGGAGUUACAGUGAUAGGAUUAAUAUUCUCAGCACUUGGAGGCUUAGCCAUCGGAUUAGCCUAUUAUUUAACUCUAUUGUUAUGUGUUAAUCGCGAUGUUCUUGCCAUCAGUCCACCACAAUGGCCGAUCUUAAUGGUUGGAGGCUGUGCAGGUCUAAUAGGUUCCAUUGUUGAUUCUAUGCUUGGAGCUCUCCUUCAGUAUUCGGGUUUUGACCGACGAACUGGUAAAAUUGUUGAAGUUCCCGGUGAGAACGUUGAAUGGGUCAGUGGUAUCCGGUUUUUGGACAAUCAUUCAGUCAAUUUGUUUUCAUCUCUUAUAAUGGCUCUUCUUACACCAAGGAUCUCUUUAUCAUUCUGGUCAUGAAAUUUGAAACCAACUGUUUCAUCAACAAACUGCAAAUGCAUCAAAAGAGCAAAGCUUUUUAUCAACAAUCAAAAGAUUAAUCUAAUAUACAGACAAUACGAAACCCUGAGGCCACAGCCUCCAUCAUCUUCAUCGUCUUCAUCAUUAACUUAACAUUAAAACACCGCAAACCAAAUGAAAGGCUAAGAAGCUUAACUAACAUCAAUCUGAAUCAAAUCUUGUGAAUAGUGAUUCGUAUUCAAUGGUUUCAGUGCUCAAUUUGACUGAAUUUGACUGAUUACAAACUGAACAACUAUUGAAAAGAUCUCGUUAACUAUUGUUAUUUCUUGUUCUGUUUAUUUCUAUUGAAUAUGUUUACACAUAAUCGAUUCUAUUUUUGUUUCAAUUGAACAGUCACAGAGCUCAACCAAAACACAAAUGGAAACAAUUAAGACGCUGAUCAAUUGAAAAAUAAGAUUAAAGCAAUUCAAUGACAGUGUAAAUCAUUUAGAUUAUGAUCUUCAUCAACGUUUCUCACUUAAUUAUCAUCAUCGUCUCUUGGAAAAGCCAAAUUGUUGAACAAAUUGUACCUCAGUCAAAAUCAAUUGUUUGUAAUUAAUUUUCUUUCUCAUUCCCAAGUCUAUUGUCUAAUUGAUACAUUCAUAAAUUUUAUUAAUGUUUUUGUAUUAUCCUAAUCAGCUGAUUGUCAAUUAGCUGUUUAAAUGCUACUUAAACCGAUGCCUCUUGUUACAUCAAAGUUAAUUAUGUUUUUAAAUAAAUAAAUUAUAAUAUAAUCUUAA